CGCAACGGAACGACGGCGUUCGAGAUGGUACAGAAGUUUCAGACAGAACCGGGUCGCGCGGGAAAAUUAAUGGCUGCGAAUUCUUCAGUGGCGAGUUCAACGUCAUUUUGACGAUGGUGGAAUAGCUGCGUUGCUGUUCGCAGUUCGCAGCUUCUAUUUGUUAUCGUCUUCGGCUUUCAGUCACGUCAAGUUCCGAUUGCACGAGACCGGAGUUCCAGUGUUGGGAGCUGAAUACGAACUGCGAAGGUUCGAAGACGUUGUAUAGCAUACUGCAUCGAGUUCAUUGGUUCCUGUAUCCUCUGCACUCUUGGCGAAGCUUGGGAGAUAUUAGGAUAUUUCAUGAACUGGGUUUUCAGCAUUCCAUGAUUUUUAGCUUCAUUUUUCUGAGGAGAAGUUGUGUUUUUAGCCGAGGUUUCCAUACGGGUAAGAAGCUUUUCAGUCCAAGCACAGAGGAUAUUAUUUGUAAAGCAAUUUGUGUUAAUUUAAAACAUAGAAGAUGGAAAUUCUUGGAGCAAGUAUCACCAAGUCUCACCAAUUCGUUGGUUUGUCGUGUUGUUCGCGAGUUUCGCACCUCUCCGCAGUUAGCUUUAGAAUUCUACAAUUGGGUUGAGGCAAGAGACAACAUUUCACACUCAUUGGAAUCAUGUUGUACCUUAGUUCACGUGUUAGUCAAUUCUAGAAAUUUUGAUGAUGCGCUGUCUAUUAUGAAGAGUUUAAUGCUUAAAGAUGGUAAGUCGCCAUUGGAGGUUCUGGGUGGGUUGAUUGAUAGCUAUGAAAUUUGUAGUUCAAAUUCGGCAGUCUUUGAUGCACUGGUGAGGACUUGCACUCAGUUAGGGACUGCAGAAGGUGCAUACAACGUUAUCAAAAAGUUGAGAGAUGAAGGUUUCUGGGUUACAAUUCAUGCUUGGAAUAACUUCUUAAAUCAGCUCUUAAAGUUGGAUGAGAUUGAUAAGUUUUGGAAUAUGUAUAAGGAAAUGGUUGCCAGUGGUUACAUUGAAAAUGUGAACACUUUCAAUUUGAUUAUAUAUGCCUUUUGCAAGGAAUGUAAAUUACUAGAAGCAAUCUCUGUAGUUUAUUUGAUGCUGAAGAUUGAAAUUUGGCCUAAUGUCGUUGCUUUUAAUAUGAUCAUUGAUAAAGCAAGUAAAAUGGGCCACAUGGAUCUUGCUCUAAAGCUGGCAAGGAACAUGGGGGUAAUUUCAGGAGGCAGUGUAUUGCUUAAUAUAGUUUCAUAUAAUUGUAUGAUUAAUGGGUUCUGCAAGAUAGGGAGAUUAGAGUCUGCAGAAAAUGUUCUUAGUGAAAUGAUUAAGCUGGGAGUAGAUUUCAACGUGACAACAUAUGCCACUUUGAUUGAUGGAUAUGCUAGAAAAGGGAGUUUGGAUGUGGCAUUUAGGCUGUGUGAAGAAAUGGUUAAAAUGGGCUUGAUUCCAGACACUGUUGUAUAUAACUCCAUCGUCUACUGGCUUUACAAGGAAGGGGAAUUAGAAGAAGCUUCAUUUUUAAUAUCUGACAUGAUCAAUAGGCAUAUCUUUCCAGAUGAGGUUACCUUCUCAAUCCUUACAAAGGGGCUCUGUAUAAAUGGACAUCUCGAUAAAGCGCUAAGAAUUCACGACCACAUUCUCGAAAGGAACCUUGUAAAAGAUGCUUUUACUCAUAACAUUCUCAUCAACUAUAUGUUCCAGAGCCAAAAGACAGCAGGUGCCAAGCAAUUGCUGAGCAGUAUGAUCGUUCGUGGUAUUGAACCCGACAUAGUUACUUACGCCACUCUGAUUGAUGGAUGUUGCAAGGAAGGAAAAAUGGAAGCUGCAAUUCAGAUUUAUGAUAAAACAGUAAAGGCAAGUGGAAAAUCCGACUUGGUGGUUUAUAAUUCUAUUUUAGAUGGCUUGUGCAAGCAAGGCUCAAUUGAUGCUGCCAAACUCUUGGUAGACAAAUUACAGAAGAAUGGUUUCCUCGAUUCAGUAACGUAUAACACAUUGCUACAUGGAUAUUGCGUUAAUGGGAGGAUUGAGAAGGCUUUUGCAUUGUUUUUAGAAAUGAUUAACGUGGGGAGUUUGGCUAACAUAGUUACUUUCAAUAUAAUGAUCAACUUUCUGUGCGAGAUGGGAUUGAUCCAUCAAGCCAAGGAACUGAUGAGAGCAAUGAGUACACAGGGGAUAGUUCCUGACCUUAUAACAUACACGACCCUCAUCACCAAUUUUGUUAAGAAUUGUGGCUCCGAGGAUGUCAUUGAGUUACAUGAUUAUAUGGUGCUUAAAGGAGCAGUUCCUGAUAGGCAAACAUACCAGUCUCUUGUGAGCCCUCGCCUUCAAGAACAAGGCUGAAGGGUAGCCAGUAAACAUAGCGCGAUUGGGAUGAAUGAUUCCAACGAAGAACAUUCUCAAACGAACAGGAAAUUUCACAUUUGUUGCUUCAAAACUGUUUCAAAUAACAAAUGCAGGUCUUUUCUCCCUGUUGUGCUUAUAAUUUGUUGUUGGAAUAGGUGGUCACCCAGUAGUUGAAUAGAUCAAAUGCAGAUUAUUACUUGUAAAUUCAUUACUUUUUCAGGUAGUAAAAUUAUAUUUUUGGUUCUACA